AUGGGAAACGAGAAUGCAAUUACUACAGCUAACAAAACAAACAGCCAACAUCCUGAAUGUAUAGAAUGUGUAGUUAUUACUUACUACAAAAUGGAUGCGCAAACAACUGAGCUAAUUCUAAGAGCAAGCAACUGUUCUGGUGAGUUCAUCCAUAUGCACUGUCCAGACGGUCAUGAAAUUCGAAUACUGAGCAUGCAGAAAGGCUACUCAUCGUGCAGACGCAUGUGGAAAACUAAAUGCUGUCCGAAUGGGAAUGAUGAAAAAAAAAAUUCAGACUACGACCGCAAAAAACAAAUUGAAAAUGCAUGUUCUAAAAGAAGUUCUUGCUUAAUUAAUGUCCAAAAGUAUGGAAUUAUAUCAAGGUGCGACUAUGAAAUUGUAACAUGGACAUGCUUGAGUGACGUCACCUCUCUUCCAUCAACAUCUCCAUUCCUCCCUCCAUCAACAUCUUCAUCACUUUCUCCGACAUUCCCUCGCAAUGCAAUAGUUCAAGAUCUGUCACUACAUUCCGAACCUGUCUUUGAAGCACAAAAAUUCGUCACUGGUUCUGGAGAAUAUGUCGUAAAUAACCAUUCGAAACUCGAACCUGUGAUUUGGUCUGCCACUGCUGGAUUGAUUUUGAUCACCCUCAUCAUUGCCAUCGCUUGCUUGAUAUCUAAGAGGUAUAGAUUCAAGACGCGCAAGAUGGAAUUAAUCGCUAUGACAGCAAACCAAAAUGGUUUAUAUUUGCAGCCAGUGAAUUUUUCUGAACUCUUGAAUAACGAGCAAAAUUUAAUGAAAUGUGCAAACACAAAAGACAUUGACGAGACUUACGAUGCAAUUGGUCCCCUUGACGAAAAGCUCAUUUAUGACGAUGGAUAUUUGAAACCUGACAAUCUGUUUGUGGCUCAACUCAGCAGCAACAUCAUUAAUCACGGUAAUUUGUAUUCGGAUGUGGAAUCCAUUAAAGGCAAAGGUAGCAUUGAAGAGAAGAAUGAAAACAUUAAAGAAUAG